AUGAUCGCCCUGAAAGCCGUCGUUCUCGCACUCAGUGCUGUCUCCGCUCUUGGUCACCAGCUCGCGUCUCGCCAGCCCAAGCGUGGCUGCGCGACCGAAAUCUCCGCUGCGCAGAAGGACGCUGUCGAGGCGGACUUUGCCGCACGCCGUACGGGGCUCCCUGCAAAGAAGGCUGCUCCCGUGACCAUCCCGACCUACUUCCACAUCAUUCGCGCCGAGGAGACGGUUGACCGUGGCGACAUUCCUGAAUCGCAGGUGAUUGCCCAGAUGGACGCCCUCAAUGCCGCUUUUGUCAACACACCGUAUACGUUCGAGCUGAAGGAGACGACCCGCACGACAAAUGAGACCUGGUUUGACGUUGCCUCGCCCUGGGGCGACGAUGCUGUCUACCAGGACGACAUGAAGGCCACCCUUCGCCGGGGCGGCCGGGAGUCGCUCAACUUGUACUCGCUCGGGUUCACUGACGUCAGCGAUGGCCUGCUCGGCUACAGCACUUUCGCGUCGAGCUACGAGAGCAACCCCCAAGAUGACGGGGUCGUGUUCCUCUACAGCACCGUCCCUGGCGGCAGCAGGGCGAUUUACAACCUUGGCGGCACGGUAUCGCACGAAGUCGGGCACUGGGUCGGCCUCUACCACACGUUCAACGAGGGAGACGGCGGAGAGGAGUGGGACACAUGCGACGUCUCAACUGACCUAGUCGACGACACCCCGGCCCAGCUUUAUCCGACCAACGGCUGCCCCGAGCGGUCAGACACGUGCCCCGACGUCCCCGGGGACGACGCGAUCCACAACUACAUGGACUACAGCGACGACGUCUGCUACAACAACUUCACCCCCGGCCAGGUCGAGCGCAUGAUCGCGCAGAUGGCCAUUUACCGCGGGCUCUAG